AUGAAUGCGAGGCUCGGGGAUUUCGGAUUGGCGAAGCUGUAUGAUCAAGGGUUUGAUCCUCAGACAUCUAAAGUAGCGGGAACGUUCGGGUAUAUUGCACCAGAGUUUCUAAGAACAGGAAGAGCAACAACAAGCACUGAUGUUUACGCUUUGGGUUGGUUAUGCUUGAAACCAGCUAUGAGUUCGGUUAUGCGGAUCUUGAAUGGCGAUUCACAGCUUCCGGAUAAUCUUCUUGAUGUUGUUAGAGAUGAGAAACUGAGAGGAUGGCCUGAGACGUCAAUGGAAUUGCUAUUUGAUGUCAAUUCUUUGGGCUCAACGACGUUUACAGAUUCUUUAGUCUCACAUGGACGCUGA